UUGAAAAUAAUUUUUAAAUGGAACGAAACAGGUUUCGAUCAAAGACUGCUUAAAGGAGAUCAAGACAUAAGUAAGUUUUCGCUUCUCGAACCUAGCGUUGGACUACGUGAAUCACCUUCUCCAUCAAAUAUUGAACCUUUGUUCUCGCCGCAAAAACAUCAAGAUCCAUUGGCUGUUGUUACACUAAAUGUGACUGAUUUUCUUACAAAAAUUCUUGUCACUCAUCCGUGUACAGUUCUGAGGCGACAAUGUCAAGUACAUCAGUUUGCUAUGUCACUUCAUCUCACACCUUUUACCUUGAUUCCUAUUAUUUAUAAAGUCGUCAGCUCUGAGGGUCUUCGAACUUUAUGGAAAGGUGCUAUCGGUUCCAGUGUGUUAUGGAGUUUAUCUUCUCUAGCAGAGAUAGUAAUUGCUGAUAUUUUUGGUUUCCCUCGAACUUAUGUAAAGCGUGGCAGCACCGAGAAGUUUCUUCGUCAUGUUGCUUUAAAAACAAUCAUAUCUUUCAGUUCGACCGCGAUUGCCUUGACUCCCUUUAUUGUAUCAUCAUUCAUCGAAACUAUAAAGAGCGAAAGUGGUAUGGGUGACGAAAUUCGUUUUAUGGAUGUGAUAACAAAUGGGAUAAAUCGUUUGCGAUUCGAUUUCAUCGGACCAAAAGAUAACAGCAAACGUUUCUCAUUGUUAUAUCUUUCUCUACCAACUGCUUGUUACGUUACAUCACAUUAUUUAAUAACAACAGGCAUCCAUGACUCAAUAUAUGUUUUGGCAAAGCGCUAUGUAAAUCGAAAACCGUUGCAUGAGAAAAGUAUUUUUCAUCACUAUUUUCCUGAAAUAUUUGCAAUUUUGACUUCACAAAUGCUUGCGGAUCUUGCACUGUAUCCACUGGAAACCAUUAUUCAUCGUCUUUACGUUCAGGGAACUCGCACAUUAAUCGAUAAUCUCGAUAAUGGUGUCACAGCUAUCUCGAUCACAGCUAAAUAUUCGGGAUUUUUUGACUGUCUCAAUGCUGUUACCAGUCGUGAAGGUUUCUGGUCUCUUUACGCAGGUAUUGGAGCAUUGGGUCUACAAUAUAUCCUGCAUUUAUGUUUACUUCGCUUCAUUCGAAGUGCAUUUGAAUACAGCAGUCGAGGGAUCAGUGCACAGCGUAAAGGAGAUAUCGAUCUUGAUAAAAGCUCAUCCAAUCGAUUUACGCCAUUGAAUUUUGAUCCACCUUUUCCAACUUAA